AUGAAGGGCAAUCGGAACCCGGCCCCGCCAGUUGCUGCUAGUGCAGCUUCUCAGUCGCCCUCGGCGAAGGGGACAGCCAAGUACACCAACAAGGAUGGUUCCAAGUUCAUCACAGUACCUAAAGGCAGCACGCCCGUAGAAUCUUCCCAACCUUCUCCAACAUGUGCCUCCCCGGCGCCACCUGCUCCACCAGCGGUGAACAGGAAGAAGCAGAAAAGGCGCGAAAAGGCUGCGGCCAAGGCCGCUGCUGAGCAACAGCAGCAAGCACAGACUGGUCAGCCUUCAAAUGGGACUCGCAGUGGUCCACAGCCACCUCAAGGCCAACCUUCGGCCGAUGUCGAACAGCAUGAAGACGAGGACGAAGAGGAAGCGGAUGCCGGUCAAGACUCUCGAGACCAAAACCAACAACCUCCAAACGGGACUCCUAACGGGCAGCCUGCGAAAUCGAAGAAGGCGAAAAAAAAGAAGAAGAAAAACAAUAAUGCUGCAGGGGCGAGUGCUGACGGGUCGGUGAAUGGCAACCACGUUGAUCACCGUCCCCCACCAACGUCACAUAUCAACGGCCGAGGGAUGUCGAAGGAAAAGAUUUGGAACACCAGCUCUCAAGAGGAGCGGGAGCGAAUCAAGGAAUUCUGGCUAGGACUAGACGAGGUGCAGCGCAAGAACCUAGUCAAGGUCGAAAAAGAUGCGGUUCUCAAGAAGAUGAAGGAGCAGCAGAAGCAAACUUGCAGUUGCUCGGUUUGCGGGAGGAAAAGGACGGCGAUUGAGGAAGAAUUGGAAGGGCUCUAUGACGCCUAUUAUGAAGAACUGGAGCACUAUGCGAACCAUCCUCAUACGACCAGUAAUUCCUCACUACUUAGUCGCCACCACUCGAUUAGUUUUUCGUCUAUCCCACCUAAUCUACCACACGGUCUUCCAAGCGGGCCGAGAUACACCCAUCAACCAUCUCACGGUCGAAUUUUGGAGCACGUCGACGACGAUGCUGACGAGGAUGAAGAAGGCGAGGGCGAGGAAGUCGAGGGCGAGGAAGUCGACUAUGAAGGGGAAGAGGGGGAGGAGGAGUACAGCGAAGAAGAGUUGGAGGAUGAGGAAGAAGACGACGAGGAAUACAGCGACGAUGAGCACGACCCAUCCGAACUGCACCGAACCGAAUACGCUUCCGACUUCUUCAAUUUCGGAAAUAGCCUGACAGUGCAGGGUAGGGACAGACUUCCCAUACUUCCCUCCUUUUUACAGACUUAUCCCUAUGCAGGGACUGGCAAUAACGCUUAUGGCUCCUCUUCUAUAGGCGGCAUCCUGACCGUGGCCGACGACUUGCUCAAAAAUGACGGUAGAAAAUUCAUUGAGAUGAUGGAACAGCUUGCCGAGCGGCGCAUGGCCACUCAAGAGCGGGUGCUGCAUCCUGGUGAGCAAGACUACGAGCACACGAAUGGCGACCGCUACAGCCACAGCCACCCCCCGCCCGAUCCUGAUGACGAGGAGGAGGACUAUGAAGAGGAUGAGGACUAUGAAGAAGACGAGGAGGAGUACGACAGCCAAGAAGAGGAAGAGGAUCCCAUGACUGAUGAGCAGCGCAUGGAAGAGGGCCGUCGGAUGUUCCAAAUAUUUGCUGCUCGCAUGUUUGAGCAGCGAGUACUCACAGCCUAUCGGGAGAAGGUUGCCAAAGAGCGUCAAGCCAAGCUUCUGGAGGAGAUUGAGGCUGAGAACCAACAAGAUGCCCAGCGCAAAGCCAAGAAGGCCAAGGAGGCCCAGCGACGCAAAGAUAGAGCGGCCCGGAAGAAGGAAGCUCUAGCUGAGGAGAAAGCUCGCAAGGAGGCCGAAAAGGCUGCCGAAGAAGCCGCGCGUAAAGAGGAAGAAGAACGCAAGCAGGCCGAGGCGAAGCAGAGAGCAGAGGAGAAGCGGAAGCGAAGAGAGGCUCAAAAGAAGGCUGAAGAGGAGGAACGGCUACGCAAGGAGGCUGAGCGACAACGCAAGAUUCACGAGCGAGAAGAAAAUGAACGCAAAGCUCGUGAGGCUAAGGAACGCGAGAAAAAGGCGCGCGAAGAGGCUCGACUCAGGGAAAAGGAGCAGAAAGAGCGAGAAGCUCGUGAAAGACGAGAACAGCAAGAGCGUGAUAAGCGUGAGAAGGAGGCCAAGGCCAAAGCAGAGCGUGAAUCUAGAGAACAGGCCAAGGAGACCAAGGAGAAGCGCAAAAAGGAAGAGAGGGCAGCUCAAAAAGCUGCAGCUAUUGCGGCGACUGCUGCUGCUGCAACGGCCCCUUCUGUUACGCUUCCCAAACGUCUAGCCCAGCAGUCUGCGACAGCUAUUCCAGCUCUGGCGCAGUCGUCAGCUUCAUUUGCGUCUCCACUAAUCACGGUAGCUACACCAGCCUUGCCGAUGGCCCCUACACCAGUUCGUCCUCGUCAGCCCUCUCAGCAGGAAAGCUCAGGCAUCCAGACAUCAGGUGUUGGUUUUCCACCCGGGGUCGCUCCGAGCCAUAGUCAAUCACCUCAUCCCCUGACGCCGAUACAGGCUAGUCCAGGCCCCAUUGGCCCACCAAGUAAGUCGGGACUCACAGGUCCAAACCUAUUCGGCGGGCAAGCAUCACAACACGCUGCGUCACCUUUGAGCGCGCAGCCCAGCAAGCCAGUACCGAUGCAUCCGAGUCCGUUUGGUAUGCCCAUGGGCGGCGGCGGCAGUAUGCCGUUUCCUCCUGGCUUGGGCCAGAUGCCGCCACCUGGAUUUGGUAGUCCAAUGCAUCGUGAUCCACCAUUUUCACCCAUGAAUGCCUUUAGACCUCCUCCUGGGAUUGUAUCAAUGCCUCCUGGACUAAGCGGUCCUGGUCCUAACCGAGGAUUUCCACUACACCAGCAUCACCCGCCUGGCUUUCCCGGACCGUUGGACUCGCCUGUCCCUCCAAUGGCUCAUCUGAUGGGGCCGGCAGGUAUGCAAAGCAAUGGCGGUACCACGCAUUCCCGCCAAGGUUCUGGCAGUCAUGAGAGUGGCGGACCGCAACCCAUCUCAAAGCCGACACCAAUAGGACGCCCAGCCAGUGUUGUCCAUGGCCAACGACCGUCAAGCUCUUCCCCUUCUAGGGACUUUUCGAGGAAUGAUCCGGACACGCACUUGGGAAGCAGUGCCCUACUAGAUGACGGAGAUGACCCGAUCGACUUUGCUGGUCGUCCGGUGAGAUUCCCAACCGCAUCAUCAUUGCCACGACCUGGAGGAUUUGGUGCUUUUGGAAUGGACCCCAUGUUCCCCAGUCAUCCAAACCCUUGGGGACCGCAACCAUUCGGCAUGCCACCUCAGUCGCAUCCUUUCCCCCCAGGACCUCCUCCUGGCUUUGGCGUGCCUAGCCCAGUAGGUUCCUCAUGGGGUCCCCCUCCAGGAGCCAGCUUUGGCAUACCAGGUGUUCUCGAGCGGCCUACUGAGCCACGCCACCUAACUCUCCGCAAGAUGAUGCGCAAGGCAUGCGAGGACCUAGGUGAGCAUGACACUCAAGCGGCCGAGGGGCGAACGGGAUUCAUCCCACUGGCGGACAUCAAAGCCCAGGUUGACCGACUGCACAUCAACGGACCCCCGGUAAAUUUCGACGAGCUGCUCAUGAUCUGCGAGACUGAAGGCAACGAGGUGAAUGGAGGUGGCAUCUUUGAGCUUCGCGAAGAGAAUGGGAACAAGUCGAUCCAGUACUUCCUGAAUAAUGAUCGGGCAAGACCGCAGGGGGUUCUCAGGACGGUUGGGUAUCAUCCGGGCAGUCCAACCAGUGGCGGUGGGCUGGGGUAA